GAAAAAUUUGAGGGUCUGUUCAGGACUUAUGAUGACUGCGUGACGUUCCAGCUAUUUAAGAGUUUCCGACGUGUCCGAAUAAACUUCAGCAAUCCCAAAUCUGCAGCCCGAGCCAGGAUAGAGCUUCAUGAAACCCAGUUCAGAGGGAAAAAAUUAAAACUCUACUUUGCACAGGUUCAGACUCCAGAAACAGACGGAGACAAACUGCAUUUGGCUCCACCACAGCCCGCCAAACAGUUUCUCAUCUCACCCCCUGCAUCUCCUCCCGUUGGCUGGCAGCCCAUCAGCGAUGCCACACCAGUCCUCAACUACGACCUCCUCUACGCCGUGGCCAAACUUGGACCAGCACAAGACAGAAAAUUCAUAUGCAGUUCAUGUUCACGAAGCCUGAUGCAAAGACAAGAUCAGG